CACCACAAUAUCGUACAGUUCCUGUCUAUAUAUCAAUUCGAGUGCGUUCUUCCUCCAGUCGUAUUUAGUUUCAGGUGAAAGUUGCACGUUAGCACCGUUAUCCGGGCCUGUGAGAGGUACCAUGUGCUGCUCGAUUAGAGAUUGAAGUAUGGACGAAGGAACGUCCUGUACUCCAGUUUUAACGCGAUGCGCUUGCGUUUCCGUCAAGCAUUGUCGAAGUGCAGCUUGUGCCUUCACUCGAAAAGCAUCAAACUCUGGCAUAAUGAAAGUGGUGAUGUACGCUGGCUGCCGCGAAGCUUUGUUCUGAGCCUGCCCUUUUUUGCACGAAGAAUUGAAAUCCGCUGUGACAAGCCACAGUCCCAGAACGUGGCACGUCUCAGUAGAAUUACUCCAGAACUUGUCCAUUUCGAACUUUGUCACAGAUGCGCUCUCGCAAUGCCCUCCUCCUAGUGGGCGUUGUGUUCCAUCUAGUCUAUCUAUGGAGUAUCUUUGAUAUUUAUUUCACAUCCCCUCUGGUUCAUGGAAUGACUCCUCAUGCCGUUGAGUUGGAACCACCUGCCGACCGACUGUUCCUAUUCGUAGCCGAUGGUUUAAGAGCUGAUAAGCUCUACCAACUCUAUGACGAAGAAAAUGCCAAUGUUACGAAGGCACCGUAUUUGAGGGACAUAAUUCGAAAAGAAGGUACUUGGGGCGUGUCUCAUACACGCGUUCCAACCGAAUCGCGACCUGGCCAUGUUGCUAUUAUUGCCGGGUUUUACGAAGACGUCAGUGCUGUCACUACAGGGUGGACAAUGAAUCCUGUCAAUUUUGACUCGGUCUUCAAUCAAUCCCAUCAUACCUGGUCCUUUGGUUCUCCUGAUAUUUUGCCAAUGUUUCAACAUGGUGCUUCUGAUCCUUCAAAGAUUGAAACUUUUAUGUAUCCCUCUGAUUUCGAAGAUUUCACCGCAGAGGCUUCCAAUUUGGAUACUUGGGUUUUUGACCAUGUCAAAGACUUGUUCCAGAACGCUACUGCUGAUAAAGAGCUAAAAUCUUUAUUGAAGGCUAAGAAAAACGUGUUCUUCCUUCAUCUGCUUGGACUUGAUACCAAUGGCCACGCAUUCGGACCUCACUCCGAUGAAUACGUCAACAACGUUGCGCACGUUGACAAGGGAAUUAAAGAACUUGUGGAAAUUAUAGAAAAAUUCUAUGGUCAUGAUGGCAAAACAAGCUACGUAUUUACAGCAGAUCAUGGCAUGAACAAUCGCGGUGGUCAUGGAGACGGACAUCCCGACAACACCAGAACACCAAUUAUUGCAUGGGGCGCUGGUGUACAAAAACCAAAUACUGUUCAUCCAACGGGUCAUGAUGACUUUUCAGCCGAGUGGGAUCUUAAUAGCUACCAGCGAAAUGAUAUUAAGCAAGCUGACAUUGCUCCCCUUAUGGCAUCUUUGGUUGGCAUAAACUACCCAGUCAACUCUAUUGGAGAGCUGCCUUUGCAGUAUCUUGAUCAAACUCCAUUGUUCAAAGCCCAGUCAUUGUUGGUCAACGCCAAACAAAUUCUGGCUCAGUAUGAAGUCAAGCACGACGAGAAGCAGGCUACAGAGCUUUUCUUCAAGCCGUUUGGCCCGCUAUCCAAGGACCACUCUCCCGCAGUAUUACUACAGACGGUUGAGGGGUUAAUCCAGCAUGAAAAGUACAUCGAGGCCGAAAAUCUCUGUUUGCAGCUAAUUGAAAUGUCUCUGGACGGACUUAGAUACUUCCAAACGUACGAUUGGUUGUUCCUUCGCAGCAUCAUCACCUUGGGAUACAUUGGAUGGUGUUUGUUUGGCCUUGAAUUCGUCAUUCGAACAUACGUCUUUACUAAUGAUAACGAUAAACAGCCCACUGUAAUUGAUUCUUUUAUUUCAUAUGCUUCUAUUGUCGCACUUCUCGGCCUGUUCUGGAUUAUUUACAGGCAACAAAUGCCACCCAUGUACUAUGCCUAUGCAUUUUUCCCUGUCUACUUUUGGCGUGAUGUAUUGCUACGUCGUGACAUCUUGAUCAAGGCACUACAAGGCGGUUUACAAUCUAGUGGCGGUACAGUUAGCGUAUUGUUGCUAGUAGCUAGCAUUUUGGCUGGACUUGAAACCUUGGUGUACAGUUACUUCCGACGUGAAAUUCUUUCGGCAGCGCUUAUUCUUGCUGCCAUUUGGCCAUUGUUUAUGCCGUCGUCAGCAAAGAAUGAAGGAUCACCUUUACUGCUACCGCUAUGGUCAAUGUCUUGUCUUGCCACUAGUGUUUUUACUCUGUUGCCAGUUGAGAAGGGAGAAGACAUUCGACUGGUUGUGCUAGGUGGCGCUAUCAUUGUCGCUGUCGGCGCUGCAUGGUUGUACUUUGGACACAAAAACAACUACAUGAAUGCAUCUGGUUAUAACUUGAUUGCAUUUGAGUUGAUUUUGAUAGCAGCUAGUACUGUGCUUGUGUACAGCACGUCAAGUAGUCUACAGCAAAGAAAUGGAUUGCCACUACUCAACCAAUAUGCCAGCUGGGCCAUCUUAAUCGUGUCCACAAUUUUACCAUUCAUAUAUGGUGGCAAUGCUGGAGAUCAUUUCUUACAUCGUAUAGCGGUGAUAUCACUUGCCUUUGCGCCAUUAAUGAUUCUACUUAGCAUCUCGUAUGAAGUUCUAUUCUACUUCUGUUUCUGUUCCACUGCCACUCUUUGGCUUCUGGUAGAGGGACGUAUCUACCAAUGCGAUGUCACAUCUAACCAAAAGACAGUCAAAUCAUCUUCUACAACGCGCUCACUUCAACUGAGAGAUGUGCGCACAACGCUGAUGUUCAUGUUCUUUGUCAAUGUCGCAUUUUUCGGCACUGGAAAUGUUGCUUCUCUCGGCAGCUUUUCGCUACAAAGUGUCUACCGCUUCGUAACGAUCUUCAACCCAGCACUAAUGGGUUGCCUCCUGAUCAUCAAAGUUCUCAUCCCAUUCUUCAUCAUCUCCACCGUGUAUGGUAUCUUGGCUCAAAUUCUUGAUUUGCCGUCUUUCAGUCUCUUCUUACUUGUCGUCAGCAUCAAUGACGUGCAAACCAUUAACUUCUUCUACUUCGUCACCGAUUACGGCAGUUGGCUCGAGAUUGGCACCAGUAUUAGCCACUUUUGCAUUGCUGAGCUGUUCAUCAUCUUCACGAUCUGUCUCUUCUGGCUAGGACAGGUGCUCCUUGGUAAAGUGAAUGUGCGGCAUACUGUGAAUGAAUCUCUUCAAAGCAAGAAAUCGCAGUAAAAUGUGCCUGCCCACACAUAUCUAAACAUCCUACCAACACCUCAUUGAACCACAUUACUUCCAGACGAUAGACAUUAGAUCCAUUAUCAAACAAUAUACAUUUUAUGUCCAACUAUAAUACAGAUUUUUAUUUUUACCAUGGCCGUGUGGUGGGUGCGCGAAUUAGUCGGAGGAAAGAUCCUCGGAAGAAGUUAAUAGUAGUCCUAGGUGAUGCUGCAGUGUGUAUGAUUGUUCUAAAAGCUGUCUCACUUUUGCUGUAAGCUUUUGUGAUUCCUGUAAGAAGAU